UCGGCACGACGACGACGGGGACUUCGCUUGAACGGGUUCCUUGACAGCAUUCUCGAGGACAGGAACGGAUAACAGAGGGUCUGUGACCGACGAUGGCUUCUGGGGCUGUAGGGGGAUCUAGGGGGAACGAGUUCAGAUCGGCGUCCGAUGCUACCAUAGCGUUGUUGCAAUCCAAAUCGGCUAUCUGGAAGCAUGUCAUGCAAGGACAGAAGGUGGGGACAUGGGAGAAGAUGCACGGCGACCACAAGUUGCGCUGCAACUACUCCGAGGUCAUUUUCCAGGGAAACCAGAGCAAGGCAGCGCGACACUUCACGCAGCCGAAGAAGUGCAAGCAGGCAUCGUUGUCCGUUUUGGCGGACAUAUGGAACAAGACGCAGUACAGGUUUGACCCGCGUCACGAGGAGGGUAUCCUCCGUUAUAUAGAGGAGAUGGACAUAGUUGACGAGCGAUCUUUGUCAGGGAGGGGCACGCAGAGGAGGCAGGCAGGUGGAGGGUUCGGUGCGCACCGAGAUGACGAUAUGAUGGACCCUGUGGACGAGGUGGAGGCAUUUUUGGACCGGGAGGCGAGGCGAGAGACCGAUGACAUGCGAGGCACUACGGAGGUGGGGGAGGAGGGUGGUUUGAGUCCCCGUUCUCCGCAUUUGAGUGGGGAGGAGGUAGUGAUGACUGCUCGUGGCACGAGAGGUGGAUCCCGUGAUGCUGAGCACAUAGAAAGAGAGAGAGGAAAGAUGUAUGUCGAUGAGGUGGACGAUGAUGUUUUUGCGCAGGGGCGCAAGAGACCUAGACAAACGACCAUCGACGAGGUGUAUGAUGGCGACGCUCUUCAGCGGACGAGAAGCACGUUUUUGGAGUGGGUGUAUGACGCGGGGAUCUCGUUUCGUGUUUUCCGGAGGAGCUCGUGGAGGAGACACCACAAGGCAGUGGCUGAGUUGCCACGUGGAGUACGGAUGGUGCAUCCUAGUCACAAGGAGAUUGGAGGGAGUGGGGUUAUUGAGCAGCGUGAUCGGGUCGCUACGAGGCUCGCGCAUAUCCGCGUUGUCGGGCACAUCGGUCCGGCACCGCACGGGGGCAGCGCGGGACCCUCCCGGCCACGUCACGCAGGAGUUGGUUUUUUGAACCCUUCGUCGCAAUAUACAUGGAGCUUCCACAAGCCGCUCCGGCCGGGUGCGCCAGCCAUACCUCUCGCGAGCCCCUACGACAGGAUAGGGCCUACGCGAGGCACGACUUACCUACACCUUACGGGAGCUGUCACCUCCCUUCGGUGGGCGUAUCCCCGCUGAGCUACCAGUCCACAGUACGAAAGC